UCGAUAAAUACGAGUUGGGUAAUAACUCGGAGUUCGAAGCUGGCAGCGUGGCUGAUUGCGCUCCCCCACUUUUGACAGUGCAUUGGAAAUAUUGAACUUUCACGGAAAAAUGACGGCUCACGAUCAAAUGCGAGCUAUGCUUGACCAACUAAUGGGCACAGGACGGAAUGGUGAGAAUAACAAAUUUCAAGUGAAGUACUCCGAUCCAAAGGUCUGCAAGAGCUUUUUGUUGGCGUGCUGUCCGCAUGAAAUCUUAUCGUCGACGCGCAUGGACCUGGGAGAAUGCCCCCAGAUUCACGACUUGGCCCUACGGGCCGACUACGAGGCUGCGCAAAAGAAGAAGGACCACUUUUAUGACAUCGAUGCCAUGGAACAUUUGCAGAAUUUUAUUGCCGACUGCGAUCGUCGUACAGAACAGGCGAAACAACGAUUGGCCGAGACUCAGGAAGAGCUCAGUGCCGAGGUAGCGGCGAAGGCGAACAACGUGCAUGUUCUCGCGGAAGAGAUUGGUAAGAAGCUGGCCAAGGCCGAGCAACUUGGGGAAGAGGGUUUCGUGGAGGAAUCCAUGAAACUGAUGGGUGAGAUAGACGAGUUGCGAAAGAAGAAGAACGAGGCCGAGCAGGAGUAUCGUAACAGUAUGCCAGCAUCCAGUUACCAGCAACAAAAGUUGAGAGUGUGCGAGGUCUGCAGCGCUUAUCUUGGGAUUCACGAUAAUGACAGACGAUUGGCGGAUCAUUUCGGUGGGAAGCUUCAUUUGGGUUUCAUCAAGAUCCGCGAAAAAUUGGCGGAACUUCAGAAAACCGUGGAGGAGAGGCGCAAAGAGAAACGGGAGUCGUUGCUGGAUAGACGUAGAGAUCGGGACCGGGACGAUCGUGAUCGGGAUCGCGACAGAUCAGAUCGACGUGGCGGAGGAGGAUUGGGUUACAGAGAAAAGGAACGUGACCGUGAUCGCGACAGAGACCGCGAUCGUGACCGUGAACGUCGCGACCGGGAAAGGAGAAAGUCACGAUCACGAAGCCGCAGUCGUGGAAAAAGAUCGAAGCGUUCACGCAGCAGUAGUCGAAACCGUCGAUCUCGUUCACGCCGUAGUGGAUCUAACGAUCGGAAAAGAUAAAAUCAGUUGACAUUAAUAUAAUUAUGCUCAAUCAUUUUCUUCAUAUUAAAAUCCACGUGCUUACUUGUGCACAUUUAACAUGUAAAGAAAAAACAAAAAAAAAAACACCUAAAAAUCGCGCUCGCCGAGCAACAUAUAACUUUUAUUCUCAGUUUCCUUUCUCUUUUUCUGAAAUCGAUAUUAUUUCUCGAAGUGAACACAGAUUUGUACAUUAUCAGCCGUAAUUUAUCAAGGAGAAAGAAACACCACCAAUAUUCCGAGAUAUCUUUAUGUAAAACUAAGCACAUUCCUGUUAACAUAAGAACAGGAUUGAAUUUACCUAGAUAUUAAUAUGCUAAAUAUACUUAUUCUAUUUGAUCUUGA